AUGUUGCUGGUGGUGGUUCUAAUGACGAUGCUCCUCCGUCCGGCGACCGCCACACCCAAUGAAUUCGAGCGGGCAACCAAUCCUCCCGGCGGCGGCGCUCCCCCUGCUCUUCGUCGUUCAUCUUCUCCCCCACCUUUCCCCGUCCAACUCCCCCGGUGGCGCCACCACGUUUUCCUCAACUUCCGGGGGCCGGACGUCCGCCGCGCCUUCGCCGAUCACCUCUACCACGCCCUCCUCCGCAAGGGAAUCAACGCCUUCCGGGACGAUCGCGACCUCCCCCGCGGCGAAAACAUCACGGAGGCGAUCCCGCGGGCCAUCGAGGAGUCAAGGUUCUCCAUCCUCGUCCUGUCGAGAGGUUACGCCUCGUCGGCGUGGUGUUUGGACGAGCUGGUCAAAAUCCUGACCUGCGCCAAGGAGAUGGGUCACCAGCCGUUCCCGAUCUUCUACAAUUUGUCCCCCGACCAGAUCUCCGCUCCGUCCUCCCCCUCCGGCUAUUACAAGCACGAUUUCGAUCGGCACAAGAAGGAAUACUGGCUUGUCAAUGGGUAG